AUGGAUGAGCUAGAACUCCACGCCGAGUCAACCUUCGAGGUGGAAAUGGACACCCGGCCCCCCUCUACCCCCCCAGAGGCUAUCCCUCCAGAGGCUGCCUGGCAAGCAGAAAUAGAUGCACGGAUGGGCCCAAUCCCGCCCCCUGGCAGUAGACAAAAACGUACGUGGCUCCGUAAGUUGCGUCGAUUACGGAGUCGGUUAAGGGCAGGGUCCAGGGAUUCCCCUAAUUCCCUAAAGGAAACUCCCGGUCCUGCCCCUGUCAUGAUGAAGGGCGUUAAGCCAUCCAAAGGAAUGGGGAGGGGGAGAGGGUUCGCAAGGGUCCGCAAGGGUCCCAUAACACCCGGCACGCCCGGUACUUUCCAUAGUAAGGGGAGAGGGAGGGGUCUCUUGAAUUACCUCAACCGAGAAGAUUUCUCUUUAAUGGAUGCCCCCGCCCCUGCUCCGAGCUCCCACCCCCCGCCUCUACUAGGGUUUGAUAGCCAUUUUCACCCAGACAGGUGUGGUUGGUACAGUAAGAGAAAGGGGAAGAGCGUGGUGACAAAGCACCCGGUAGAGAUAGUCGGAGGGGUCCUGAACUUCUGUGACCCAGAGUUCUUUAUGGACCCCGGCUUUCUUUCCCGGGUGCUGGCUCACAGCCCCCCAUACAACAAGAGGGACGGGAGCUGGAGAUUAGCAGUAGGGAUACACCCUAAACAGGCCUCACAGUACACCGAAGAUCAGUGGCAGCGUUUGGUUGCCCUACUUCAAAGCCCCUUGGUUGUAGGCGUAAGCGAACUGGGCUUUGACUUCUCUGUCAACUCCCAGUGGUGGCCUGACCAGGAAGCGCUCUUUCUGCGACUUCUUGGUCAGGGCACCCAAGGGAGGGUCCUUAUCCUUCACCUAAGGGGUGAUUCGAAGAAUAAUACCGCGUACGCGGCGCACACUUUGGCCCGCCGGCUUCUUGCAAAGCACUGCUCCCCACUCCAAAGGAUACACAUCCAUAACUUCUCCAGCGAUGCUUUGCAAGCCGGGAAAUGGAUCGCUGCCUUUCCAUAUUGCUAUUUCGGUAUUGCCGGGAUGGCAGCGUACUUCACAACAGAACAAAUUCAAGGCCUUAGGGCCGUCCCCGCGGAUCGGCUAAUUCUGGAGACCGAUGCUCCGCAUCUCCCUCCUCGCCCGGACAUGACGGUGACUUCACCUGAAAGCCUGGGUGAUGUGGGGGCGGUGGUAGCCAACCUGCGGGGGCAGCCCUUGGCCACUAUAAUGGCCCAAGCCACAUACAAUGCAAAACUACUGUAUGGCCUGUUAGGGUAA